AUGUCAAACAAUGAAUCUGCUACCGGUAAUGAAGACAAGACAGAAAAAGAAGCUAAUAAUGUGAAUACAUCGACACCGGUUCGAUUGUUUGGACAAUUCAAACAUAAUGGGUCAGGUUUCAGUUCAUUCGGUCAAUUAUCUUCGUCUAACGGAGAGAAUUCUUCAUCAACAUCAACGAGUUAUUUCACAAGCACUUUAGCAAAAUUUUCAGCAACGAAUACACAAGGUUUUGGUUCAGCACCUUCACUGUCACUGGCUUCUUCGCUUGCUCCACUUAGUGCUAAUAAGCAAUUAUUUAGUGCAACAAACGAAGCGAAGGCUGAGAACGAUGCGACCAAAGAGGAAGAUGAAAAUGGCGAUGCUGCUGCUGAUGAUGAUGAUGAAGACGACGACGAAGAUGAGGAAGAAAACAAUAAAUCAGCACGUUCACUAUUUGAAACAGCUGCGGAAUAUGAAGCAAGAAGAGCAACGACACAUCCAUCAACUACUAUACAAGGUGACACAUCAACCGGUGAAGAACAUGAAAUAACUAAAUUCCAGAUUGCUGGAAAAUUAUAUAUGUACAACCCUGAACAGCAACAAUUUGUUGAACGAGGUUAUGGUAUACUAAAAAUAAACGAAAGUCGUGAUCCAUCCGAUUGGGACAAAUUGCAAGCACGCUUAAUUAUGAGAUUGGAUAAAGCAUUUCGUGUUAUUCUCAAUUCACCAAUAUUUCCUAAGAUGACUGUCGAGCGAGCGACAGACCGUUCCGUUCGAUUUGGUGCGCAAGACGAAUCCCAUCUAAGAAUAUUCGUUAUCAAGGCAUCGGCAAAUGAUUGUACUAAUUUAUGUAAAGAAUUGCAAUCCCGUAUACAAAUCAUCGAACGACAACAGACGACAUCGUCAAAUAACACUUCACCUAAUAAAAGCAGUCUAAAUACGUCUGGAUCAUCAUCAGUAGACAAUUCAACAAUACGCAUUCGUAAACGAUCUCAUUCAUCAACUGAUUCAGAUACUUCGGAUAAUACGGCUAAUGAUAUUUCGAAGAAAUCAAAAAUAACGGAAGGAUAUCAACCGCCCAGUACAGAUACGAGUGAUGAGGAUUCCAAGGAGAGCACCAAAGCAGGCGAACAAGAAAGCGUCAUUUAG